AUGGCGCCCUCCCUACCGCCAACAUACGAUACUCUCUUCUCACCCCGCGCCGAAAAUACCCCGCGACCAGCCUACGACUCCCUGCAUCCCACAGAGCAAGAAUGCAUAGCCAUCCUCUCCCACCCGUUCGCGCACAGCAUAAUACCAGACGAACAAGCCAACGCCGUAGCCGACGACCCCUCGUUUGCAAAGCUGGUAUCAGACCGCAUCUCAGCACUGUCCACGGAUCCCGCGAACAGGUCGAGAGCCCUUCACACAGCCUACGCAGCGCUAUAUGCGUUCCUACAAUCCAACGUCACGGGUCCACCACUCAAUGGCGGGGCGGGAAUCAGCAUUUUACCCCAGCUAGGAUCGGCCAGCGCGUUGCGGGAGAGCAUGAUUCGCGAGCUCUGCGUGGACGGAGAAGCGGUAUACAAGCGCAUUCCAGCCGUGGAGCUGUUCGUCCUUGCAAAAUCGAUAUUUAACCAUUCGGCUAUUGUGUCUGGACAGAUAGAGCAUGCGGACGACAUAUUGGGUCUCACGGGGCGGAUGAGAGUGAACUUCAUGCAUCAGAAGAUGCUGGGCGAGAACGCUGAUGGGUUAUGGGCUGAUAUAAAUGCCGACAUUGAGCGGGUUGCAGGUCUAAUACUGGCCGGAUCCGCUGGAGAUGCAGUGAGUGCGGGCGAGAAAGUGCGGUUCAUGCUUGAGCGUGCAGUGAUGUAUACGCACCACGGACUCGAUGGGAAAGCGAGGGAAGACCUGUUACGUGCGGCGGGUGUGAACGGGUUUGAAUUCGCGUUGACGGGCAAGUUAGGCCGUCGCACCAAGUUCCAGGACAGAGAUAUAAGUCAGCUGGUUGUUUUGGCCCGAAGCAAGGAGACCGAUACGCGUGAUUCAAGCGAGGCUGAAAAGGCGAAAAACGACGAAGCAGUUGAGCCGAAGAACCUUGAGCUCAACGACGAUACGCUUCUGGAGUCCAUUGCGUUCAAGCAAGAUGCCGCUGCCGCCGUGGACGUUAGGGAUAGCUCCAAUCUACCAGCCAGCCUGGCCUCUCUAGACGCCGCAAACCAACCUCGUCUCAACCCUCUGGACUCCAUUAUCUUGCUCUCUCUCGCGUCCGCAAUCACAAACACUUCCCCUGAAGACGGCCUGACUCGUGAAGAAACCAUCCCCUAUGCCGUACGAGUUCUUGAAGGCGGCAGUUCAAACUGGCAGGUCUACUCGCAGGCUCUACUCGUUCGGUCCAGGAUAGAAGGAUAUCGUACCCGAACCGUCGAGCGUUCUGUACUUCAGCUCCAGGCGCUAGUAGACCAAGUCAUCGCCGACACAGCAAGUGAUACCCCUACUCCCGCCGUAUCAGGAGAAACCGCAGAACCAUCCACGCAGCAGCCAACUACCUUCUUACCUCGACUAGAAGCAUCUGAAUCAGCCCCCGCAGCCGAAAGACUGCAAUAUAUCUGGCUCCUCAACUUUUCUACACGCUGGAACCUCGAGUCCGAAUUGGCGCAGCGAUGGGUCGGUCUCGGCGCCCUUCGCACAGCGCUAGAUAUCUACGAACGCCUACAAAUGUGGGCUGAAGCCGCACUCUGCUAUGCCGCGACCGAUAGAGAAGAAACUGCCAAACUCAUGGUCCGGAAACAGCUUUACCAACGCACCAACCCCGAUUCCACAGCGGACGACGACACAUGGCAAGGUGCGGAGCUAUCUACGUUACCGCCAGACGCACCACGACUGUUCUGCAUACUAGGAGACAUCGACCGGGAUGCAGCGAUGUACGAGCGAGCCUGGACAGUAUCCAAUAAGCGGUAUGCACGCGCCCAACGCUCGCUGGCUAGACUGUACAUGCAGGAAAAGCCACCGAACCUAGUCAAGGCGGAAGAAGCGUACAAGCUCAGUCUGGUGGUGACCAGGCUCAACCAUGCAUCCUGGUUUGCUAUUGGGUGUAUCCAACUCGAGCUCGAGAAGUGGGAGGAUGCAAUUGAUUCGUUCACAAGGACGGUUCAGCUGGAGGAGACGGAUGCAGAGGCUUGGAGUAACCUUGCCGUGGCGCUGUUGAAUGCACCGCCCCGAACAUCAACUGCCUCGGCACUACGAGAUAUCCCUCGUCCCAAACCGCUGGAUGACGAAGAGGAAGAUGAGCAGGAAAGUCAUGAGGAAUUAGAUAUCUACAAGCAGAAGCGGGAUGCUCUGGCCGCGCUUCACAGGGCAGCUAGAUUCAAACAUACCGACCACCGAAUAUGGGAUAACAUUCUCACGGUUGGAGCCUCGAUACCCCCUCCAUCCACUCCGUUCCGUGACGUACUACUUGCUCAAACACGCCUGAUUGAGCUGCGUGGUGAAAAGGACGGGGAGAAAUGCCUAGACAUACCCGUCCUAACGGCUCUAGUCAAGACUCUGACCACCCCGCGAGAAGGAAGCAGUAUAUCAAUCGCCUAUGAUCCCGCGGCUAUUAGACCAGGCUCCAUACACGCAAAGCUACUCCGACUGUUCGACGAGAACAUAAUACCCCUCAUCACCCACUCUCCCGAACUAUGGCUUCUAGUCGCCGACCUCGAGAAAUGGCGCGGUCGACCGUCCCAGGCUCUAGCUGCUCAUGAAAAGGCAUGGCGUGCAACAACCGCCUCCUGUGCACAGGGAGCAUACCAGAUGGGCGAAGAAGAUAAAUGGAACCACAUCGUCAAAGCUACUGAAACGCUCGUUCGAAAAGGGUACGCCGUGUACGGCGGAAUGGACAAGGAAACCGAGGACAGUUCGAAAGCAGACGAACCCGAACUCGUCGCUAAGGACUGGAGAUUCAAAUCCCGCAGCGCCGUUAGAGGGAUACUAGGUAAGGGCAAGGCAUACUGGGACGGCACCGAAGGAUGGAGCAGACUUGAUACCCUGCUGAAGGAAGUCAGCGGCAAUUAA